AGGUGGAGGUGAUGGGGGAGUCUCGUCUCAUUGUGGAGGAACUGUUGUCCGUCUGUCUUCAGAGGAUCGCCAUGGAGGACAACUCCAUCAACACAGAGAGAGAGUUAGUAGAGGUUGUGAGGAACUUUGAGGCGGCGAGGAAGCGCUGGCUCCAUGCUGAGCUGGAGCUGAAGAAGUAUAAAGAGCUGCUGGUGAAGUCGGACGUGUCCAAAGCAGCGCUGGAGGUCAAACUGAAACACGCCCGCAACCAGCUGGACGUGGAGAUGAAGAAGCGCUUCAAGGUGGAGGGGGACUACCACUACCUGCAGCGGCAGAUGCAGCUUAUGUGCGACAUCCUGGUCCACGACAGUAAAUCCAGCGCCUGUUUGAACGAUGAGCAGAAAUCUCUUCUGGCAACCUUUGAACAGAAAGGCGGGAACCUGACCACUCACCGGAGCAGCCGGCGGUUGUGCGUUAUCGACGAGUCGUCCUUCCUGUCUCACUCUGACAUCAGCUACGAUCGGACAGAUGAUGACUUGGGUGAAGGACUCACAGGGCUGUGGGUCCUGUACCCUCAGGAGCUGUGUCCAGGUGUCCAGGUGUCCAGGUGUCGAGGUGUCCAGGUGUCCAGGUGUCCAGGUGUUCAGGUGUCCAGGUGUUCAGGUGUCCAGGUGUCAGGUCUACGAGACGUGGAGCUUUCCCAGCCACUCUGGCUGUUCCCAGCUCGUCCAAAUCUGAAGACAAGUCCUCUUGGUGCAGGACGCAGUGAAGUCAGCAACUUCCUGUCCAGCAACUUCCUGUCCAGCAACUUCUGCAGUAAAGCCACAAAGCUGUUGUGCGCGCCGGUCAUAUUCGGGGCUCCGUCUGUGUGUGUGUGUGUCCAGAGGUCGUCGAUGGGUCCAGUGGGUGGAGCCUCGCUGUUGAAGCGAGGGAGGAGUGGGGGGUGCUUUGCUGAGCUGCUGGACCAGACUGUCCUGGACCAGGAGGUGGGGACCAUCGUGAAGGCCUCGGUGGCUCCAGACACAGGUGGGCAGAUCCUGGUGGUGGGGUGUAUCACCCAGGAGACCCCCACAUCCCCCGUCAAGACCAUUACUCAGGAGACCCCCACCCCCCCUGUCAGGACCAUCACCCAGGAGUGCGCCGUGUCCCUGGAAGCAGACCAGACAUCGGUGUGGCUUCCUGGAGAUGAGACGGUGCUUCAGCCGGAAACCGAAGCCGCCGUCAGACCAGCUGAGAAGACCCUGAAACACGUCUUCCUCUCUAAGACUGUGAUCCGGCCAGAGACGUGCUUGCCGUGCGGGAAGAGGAUUCGCUUUGGGAAGAUGGCGCUGAAGUGCAGGAACUGUCGUUCAGUCGCUCAUCCAGAGUGCCAACAGAAUCUCGUCGCUGGCUGCUCGGGGACGUCGACGACGGGAAGUUCAGCCCAACAGGACUCGUUGGAGGGAUUUGCACCAGCGACCCAUCCCAGAGUCCCGCGACUGAUAGUGGAGUGUGUGGCUGAGAUCGAGAGGAGGGGGCUGGAGGAGAGGGGGCUGUACCGGGUUCCCGGGGGCGAGCGGCUUGUGAAGGAGCUCCGGGACCGGUUCCUCCAGGGGAAGACCCCUCUCCUGCUCGGGAAGGUCCAGGAUGUCCACGUGCUUUGUGGUCUGCUCAAAGACUUCCUGAGGAGACUGAAGGAGCCGCUGCUCACCUUCAGACUGCACCGCACCUUCAUGGACGCCUCAGAGCUGUCUGAUGAAGACAACAGCACAGCCAUCAUGUACCAGGCCAUUGCAGAGAUGCCCAAGGCCAACAGGGAUACGCUGGCAUUCCUUAUGCUCCACCUGUACAAGGUGACGGCCAGUCCUCGGUGUCAGAUGGACCAGAACAACCUAGCCCGGGUGUUCGGGCCGACCAUUGUAGGACAUGGCAUGGCUGAGCCGUCUCCAACCACCAUCAUGAGGGACACCAACACACAGCCCAAGGUGAUCUGCCGCUUGUUGUCCCUCCCUCAAGCUUUCUGGAGACGUGUCCUCUCAGUCCACAAUGAUCACAUCUCGUCCUCCAACACAGAGACACAGGGCAGCCAGGACCAGAGACGCGGUCAGCUGUUCAAGCCGCUGACCUCUCCUGAGAUGACCAGCUACAACAAAACUCACGUGAGAGGGUCGGUGAGACAGGUCCGUAACCAUAGCAACGCUUUCACCGCCACCACAGGACGAACAGAACAAGGCAGGAAGUUCUUCACUUCACCCAGCUGAUCAUCAGCUGAUUGUGUGUGUGGUGGUGUGGGGGUGUGGGUGUGUGUGUGGGU